CGAAGAAAACGAACCCACAAGGAGCCGACUCUACCUGACGACAAAAUACCGCAUUCACGUUUCACAAAGCUUUCCAAGGUAUAGUGUAAGAACGAGAUUAGAACUAAUAAAACGUUUUCAUAGUUUUUGCGUACAAAAGCCAUGCGCGACAAGAUCAUGCAUGACUUCGUACAGUAUAUUUAAAUAUUUCUAUAGAGCGACUACAAUUACACAGAAGCCCUGUUUGGGUAGAAUAGUUGGAGAAUACGGAAAAAAAUGUACUGUUUAUCUGGGCCUUCCGUUUACAUUAGACACUCUUCCUUUAUGAGCGAUAUUUGUCACGGAAAGGCGCUGUACUGCUUCGCUUUUGAUAUGAUAGUUUUGAAUCGAAUAGAUUCUCUUACAUCUAUCGCUAUAACGGAGUGACGUUAUCGUUUAAGCGCAGUUUUUACGUUUCAAAGGAAAAAAAUAUCAAAAGCGAAAGUAAUCAUUUUGAUCUGAAAUGAGAAGUCUAAAAUGAUGAUAAACUAUUAAGAAGACCAUGAUAAAUUACCUUACUCGACUGUCCGCUAGCCAUAUUCAAAACGCGAAGACACUUGAAUCAAAAGCACUGCACAGGAAUUCUGCUGUCACCUCCAGUGGUUUCUAAACUGUGCAUAGUCUGUUAACUAUUAAGAUAUGAUAGUUAAUCCUUUAUCUCAGCUUCAUAAAUAUUGUUCAUCGUGACUGCACGAUUCAUCUCAGCUAUCCCUAUUGGACGGUCACUUCAUUAGUUCAUUAUACGAAUGUACAACGAGCUCAAUCAUUGUGACAGUGCACAAAUUAACAUAAACUCAGGCAAAAACAUGUAACAAACACUUCUGUUUAGUUUCCGACCAGCCCAUCAAAUCUAUAGACUAUGAACUGUGUAUGUGGGAUUAUUGGGGAUCAUGCUUCAUUGCCUGUCAAGCAAAAUUUCAUAUUUCUGCUUCAUUUUGAUUUUCACACAACAAAAGCAAACCAGGUGAUAUUUGUGUUGGAGCUUCGACAACACAUCGAAUUUGUUGCUAGGCGUUUUGGUUUACGGAAAUAGAGAACGGAAGAAGCAUUUUGACAGUCGUAUGACCGCCCGGAAGUUCCUUUCCUUUUGCAGUUCCUUGAAUUUUAAAUUCUGAGAAAGUUUAUUUCCCAUUAUCUUUUUUUAAGUAUUAAAUCACGUUCAGUCCCUCAAAAGUUCUUUCAAAAUUUCUCUUUGCAGACAGAGUUUUAAGCUUACAUAGUGAGGGAAAUUUAUUUCGUGGUCUGGGCGUGCGCAAGCCAGAAAUUAUUCGUGCAUUCACCUUGAAGGACACUCUUAAAAUGGGAGGAAGUACUUCCACUGUCGAAGAACAGCCGUAUUCAGUACAGGUAUAUUUAAAACUCAGGGGAAUUAUUAGAUCAAACUACUUGAGGAUAGAUAGCAAUUAGAAGGAGGGGUAGCAGGCCGGGUUUAGGGUUUGCGGUUAGGUUGCGGGGUUAGGAGGUGGGGUUAGGGGUUAGGGGUUAGGAGGUGGGGUUAGGGGUUAGGAUUAGGGUUAGGGUUAGGGUUUGAGUUAGGAUUAGCGUUUGGAUUAAUUGUAAAUCCAUUGUAACCAAUACUUUAUUGCAUACAAUGGCAUUACAACGCCAAUAAAUUAUUGGUUACAACGUGCGGAACGGCUGGAUUUUCGAGUAAAGGUUUGUACAGUUACAACUGCGCAAAAUCGCAAGGCCGUUUAUACUCGAACUCCUUCUACGUUAACAUAAUUUAAAAAUUUAGAGAUAAAAUAUAUAUUAAAGUAAAUUCAUAUGCCGCUUGAGUUUGCUUUUGAUUUCGUUUAAAGUAGUUACUUCAACAACUCUGCCAGGCAAACUAUUCCAUGAACUAAUAAUUCUUACGAAAAAUGAGUACUUAUAACAAUUAAAUUUAGGUAGUUUAGUGUAUAUAGUUAUAGUAUAAUUAUAUGAUUGGAGUCUGGUGUUCCUAUAGUGUUUCUAUAUUUUAGGACACCACUAAAUGUUCAUAUGCCGAAGCCGUUGGGGCCAAAAACUGUAUUAUAACACUCUAUUAAAGAAAGAUGGAAAGAUAUUCUCUUCGCUUUCCUAUAUGUGUCCCAUUUUAAUACGUUACAACAUUCGUGGGUAUUUCACCACCUUUCUGACUCAAUGCUAUUCUCGAAGCUCUUCUUUGGAUACUCUCGAGGGCACUUUUAGUAGUAGUACAUGUUUGACCAAGUAAGGGGACCACACACGCUGCGUACUCUAGAAUAGGUCUAACAAGGGCAGUGGCAUAGCCAAGGGGGGGGGGGGCUCUCCCCUGGUGAAAAGCUGAAAUCCGGGCAGAAAGGGGGGCGAUGGUAGAUUCCUCGCGCCUUUGCCGCUCGCACCUCAAAUACAUUUUUUGGCUCCCCCUAAAGUUUGGACCCUGGUUACGCCACGGAACAAGGCCGAAUUAUAUAACAUUGAAAACAUGUUACUAUGGGUCUACAACUGUCCGCUUGAUCAUGCCCGGAACACGAUUGACUUUAUGAGCCGCUGCAUGCGUUUACUUGCUAACUCCAUGAUAAGUUGCUCGUCAUGAUUACACCUAGGUCUUUAAAUUUGUUCAUCACCUUAAGUUUUUUGCCCAUCCAGUAAUACUGGGGUACUCUGUGAUCUUUAAGAUGUGUCAUUCGCACAACCUCGCAUUUUCCAGGGUUAAAACAUAAUUGCCAUAUUUUUGUCCAUUCGUUCAUUUAUUUAAGUCAGUCUGAAUUUUAGAAGUAUCACUUUCAAUAUCCGACAGUUUGCGAUAGAUUUUCGUGUCAUCAGGAAUAUUUACAUCGCAAGUAAGCUAUAGUACAAAACUAAUUUUUGUUUUUGACGUUAGGAAACAGUGCCUGUUAUUAGCAAACGGACUAUUGGUAAAUUGAUGGUGAAACAUUGUGGGAACGAAGGUCAGGAAGACGACCGAACGCUCGUUGUCACCCUCAGACGAAUUCUCCAAGCGACGAUCACGAAACUGGACACAGAAUCUGAAGAGACUUGGAAGAAUGCGGAGAUUGUCAUUUAUGAUCAGCGAGGGAAUGACUUUUGUAUUCGCUCGGGAGAUUUCGAAAAUAAAUUUGUUGUCCAACUCGACGAAAAAGAUGAAAUUAAUAUAACGUGUACCAACAGACAGAAGCGAAGUUUGGCUUCGUUUUUCACGUCCAAAUCGUCAAAGCACCGAACUAAAUCAUCCAAGCCAGCUGCGAUCAAAGAUAAAACCACUGACUCCGCUGCACAAUAACAGUUGCGUACUGUAUUAGCCCCUUUCAUAAUACAAAUCUGUUCUGCGUCUCUCAAGAUUUAUUGUAGUUCAAUAUACGCGCAUAUAUACAAGGUCUAUAAUAUAAUGCACUGUUCUAAAACGUCCAAUGAAAUAAAAUUUCCGCAAAAUUUACGACAACUUUAAU